AUGCCAACACAACCCCAAGUUCCAAACAUCAAAAUAGAUGGACAUGUAUCUAAUUCAGAUGAUACAAGUGAAAGGACCUCUAUAAGUCUCUCUAGACCCAGUAUAGAAUCUACAGUUUCAAGAUAUACGUCAAAUAGUACUAUUUUCACUGGGCAGCACAGAAAUCAAUUUAGUCUAAAUUCAAAAUCAGGAUCUCAUGAUUACUCACCCUUAGGGAACAAUUCUAUCUAUGAAAUUGUGAUGAAUACAAGGCGGAAGGAUUGGCUAAGAUCUCCAACUUCGGUAGAUAUCCCCCCUGUUACAGUGAGCAAGCUUGAUAUUAUUGACGGUUGGAAUAAGAUUGUAGAUGAUUAUAUGGAGGACAUUGGUGAGGAAGAAACUAUUUUUCAAAGUAGGAAUAAUAUAACAAAUAUGAAUAAAUUAGAACAAAUUAAACAACUAGAUGAUCAAUCUUCAGAUACAUAUCACGAUGAUUCCAUAGUUAUAAAUCAGAUUCCAGAAUUUUAUUUUGAGAAAGUUUUCCAACUGGAUAACGAGAGAACUUUUAAUAAAGUAAUAGAGAGUGUUGAUUUGAAGCCACAAGAUUUAGUGACAAACGAUAAAAACAAAAGAGAUGAAUUUCAUUUACUCCUAAAAGACAAAUUAAGCAACUAUUUAGACGGUGUGGAAACGUUGCUUGUUAGUAAUAUAUCUAGGUCUUCUCACAAGUUUUUCAAUACGUUAAAUGAUGUAGAAUCAAUACAAAAUAAUAUUGAAAGUACCAUAAAUGAAUUACAAUUGUUAGAGAAAACUUUGCAAAUAUCAUUGGAUGCUGAAAUCAAAGAAAAAAUUAAAAAUAUAAAGCUUAUAAUAAAGAGAAAUAACAUUGAGAAAUUAGAACAAGGUUUACUACAAGUGAAAUUAGUUGUUGAUAAGACAGAGGAGUGUAAACAUAAAUUUUCAAAUGAUAACUUAGAACAAUGUAUGUCGUUGAUUCAAUCUAUUAAUCUGUUAAUAAGAGGUGAUAGUUCUUCAGAUGAAAAUGUUCAAAACUGGACUAAAGAUUGGCCAUUUCCACUUAUAGAUUUAAAGUCAGUAUUAGGUCUUAUUGAGAUAAGAGAGUUAUUAACAAAUAUGAAAAUUGAAGUCGGUGGAAAAUAUUCUCUUCAAUUAUCAGAGUUACUCUUAGAAGAUUUAAGAAGUGCUUAUAAAAAUAUUGACACAAUCACUGUUAUAAAUGAUAUACAACAAGGAAAAAUUGAAAAUGUUAGAUUUAAGUUUCCAACAGAUUUUGAAACCUCCGUUAGGGAGAUUAUUACUAAAUUGAAUGAGUGUGAAGAAUUAACCAGUGCCUUUGCGCUCUAUGAAGAUAAGAUUACCACGGAAGUGAAAAAUAUUAUCAAAUACUAUUUACCUAAAGAGAAUAUUAGUAAAUCUGAUUCGUCGUUAUUGGUAGUGGAUAGAUCUCAAUCAGUGACCCCAAAGGGGACAGGUUCCAUGAAUACUUCAACACGACCACCCACUACUAGAUCAAAACUAUCUACUUUGAUUAAAGAACAAACACCAGUAGAAUUUCAAGACAUGUUAGAAUCAAUCUUCAUUCAUUGUCUAUGUGCUAUUAAAAGAUUAUAUCAACAGCAAAAAUUAUUAUUAGAUAUUUCUUUGAAGGUGAUUAACACCUCAACCAUCUCUGAGAAUCAACAUAAUAUGAUCAAUCAGUUAGAUAUUAGAACUAACGUGAAUGAAAUUAUCAGAAUAGUACAACUAAGAAUGGGAAAAGUUAUAACAGUUCGAAAAGAACUGACUUCUACUUUAAGACAUGACCAUUUUUUACGGCUAUAUUCCGUCUGUAUUCUAUUUAUUCAAGAAUGUGAAGCUCUAAGUGGAGAAUUUCUUACGAAAUAUUUCAGUGAUGUUUUAUCAUCCCAAAUAAAACAUUACAUUACGACACAUGAUUCAAGAAAUCUUAGAAGUAUACAAAAGAAAAUCGAAUUAGAGAAUUGGGUACCUGCUAUUGUGAGCCCGAGUAUUCAAACCGAUGUAAAUGAUAUAGUUUCAAGUAUUGAUAUUGAUCCAAUCAACUGGACGUCCCAAUUGAUAUUAUAUCAAAAAAAUGAUAAGGAAGAGGCUCAAAACAGCGAAUCAGAUAGCCGUGAAAUAAACAAAUCUACUGGCAAUAGAAAGUCUGUUGUAGUUGGAGACAAAACAUUUGUUGCUAGUGAAUCUUUAUUACAAGUAAUCCAAUUAAUAAGAGAGCUAUUAAUAUUGUCAACUAAUUUACCAUCAAGUUAUUUACCAUAUUUUGAAAGAAUGUGUUUCAAUCUACUGAAAUAUUUUAAUAGCUAUACUUUAGCCUCUAUUACAAGUUAUCAAGACCAAACGAUGUCGGCUCAAGGGAAGAAUUUAUCAAUAAUGGGAGAAUCAAUUGAUUGUCUCCGUGAGUUUAUAGUAAUUGUUCAACAAUUCUUCUCAAGACAAGGAAAUAACAGUAAAGAUUUUGUUCCCUUUGACAGCAAACAUUAUAAUCAAUUAAUAAGACAAUAUGACAGUGCCUCUGAGAAAAUCUAUUUAGCACAUGCACCACCACCACCUCCAGUGUAA